GGGUCCCGGCGGACGGGCCGGGAGCGCGGCGGGGCCGCCGGGGGGACGCGGGGCCAUGGACGAGGCCGAGCCGAACGAGCGCAGCCCUCUGCUGAGCAGCGGCGAGCGCGGGCGGGCGGCCAGCAGCGCCUUCCAGGGCCGGCGGCUGGCCUGCGCCGCCGUGCUGCUGGCCGAGCUGCUGGAGCGAGUGGCCUUCUACGGCAUCACCUCCAACCUGGUGCUGUUCCUCAACGGGCCGCCCUACGGCUGGGAGGGCGCGCAGGCCAGCCAGGCGCUGCUGCUCUUCAUGGGCAUCACGUACCUGGUGUCGCCGUUCGGGGGCUGGCUGGCCGACGCCCUGCUGGGCAAGUUCGGCACCAUCCUGCUCAGCAUGGCGCUGUACCUGCUGGGCAUGCUGGCCUUCCCCGUCAUCGCCGCGCCGCACACCCGCCAGGGCCUGUGCGGGGACAUCCCCCUGUUCCCCGUGGAGAACUGCUCCUCGCCGGCCGCCAACGCCACCCUGGCGCCCUGCUCGCAGGCCGGAGCCACCCGCUACUGCGCCGCCGCCACCUUCGUGGGACUGGUCCUCGUGGGGCUGGGCGUCGGCUCGGUCAAGGCCAACAUCACCCCGUUCGGGGCCGACCAGGUCAAAGACCGGGGUCCAGAAGCCACAAGAAGGUUUUUUAAUUGGUUUUACUGGAGCAUUAAUCUGGGAGCUAUCCUGUCCCUGGGAGGCAUUGCCUACAUCCAGCAGAACGUGAGCUUUGUGAUCGGGUACAGCAUCCCCACGGUCUGCAUCGGCAUCUCCUUCAUGGUGUUCCUGUGUGGCCAGAGCUUCUUCAUCACCAAACCUCCUGAUGGCAGUGCCUUCACAGACAUGUUCAGGAUCCUCACAUACUCCUGCUGCUCCAAGAAGGCCCACGGGGAGCACUCAGCAAACAGUGAAGGCCAGGGAGUGCUGCACCCGCCCCGCAGGCAGAGCCUCUUCGAGAUGGCCAAGCUGUCCCGGGGGGGCCCCUUCAGAGAAGACAAGGUGGAGGAUGUGAAAGCUCUUGUCAAGAUUAUCCCUGUCUUUCUGGCUUUAAUACCUUACUGGACAGUGUAUUUUCAAAUGCAGACAACAUAUGUGUUGCAGAGCCUCCAUCUGAGAAUUCCCGAGAUAUCCAAUGACACCAACUCCAUCCACACGUUCCCAGCAGCCUGGCUGACCAUGUUUGAUGCAGUGCUUAUCCUGAUCCUGAUCCCCCUAAAGGACAAGCUGGUGGACCCCAUUUUGAAGAGGCAUGGCUUGCUGCCAUCCUCCCUGAAGAGGAUUGCAGUGGGGAUGUUCUUUGUGAUGUGCUCUGCCUUUGCUGCAGGAAUUCUGGAAAGCAACAGACUGAAAAUUGUGAAGGUUAAAACAAUUAACCAGACAAUUGGGAAUGUUACAUACCACGCUGCAGAUUUGCCAAUCUGGUGGCAGAUUCCUCAGUAUGUGCUGAUUGGAUUCAGUGAAAUAUUUGCAAGUAUAGCAGGUCUAGAGUUUGCAUAUUCAGCUGCUCCCAAGUCCAUGCAGAGUGCCAUCAUGGGGCUGUUCUUUUUCUUCUCGGGGAUUGGCUCCUUUGUUGGCUCUGGGUUGUUGGCACUGGUGUCUAUUAAAGAAAUUGGCUGGAUGAGUAAUCACACAGAUUUUGGUAAGUGUGUUUUUCAGUGUGCUCAUGGGCUGGAAAGUAGAAGUUUCAGUUAAGCAUCAAGGGCAUGGCACUGUUGCAUUUUAAUCGUUUUUUAACAGAGUUAUUAUUUUCAAAAUAUGAAUUUGUCUACUGCUCUGUUAUAGUUUCAUUUUGCACCUAAGCA